AUGGGGGCCAGGAAGUGCAGCCGCCACGCUUAUCCUCGAUCAACCAGAAUGGGGGCGAAGAGGUGCAGCCGCCACGCUUAUCCUCAACCAGAAUGGGGGCCAGGGGGAAGAGGCGCAGCCGCGAAGAGGUGCAGCCGCCACGCUUAUCCUCAACCAGAAUGGGGGCCAGGGGGAAGAGGCGCAGCCGCGGAAAGGUGCAGCCGCCAGGCUUAUCCUCAACCAGAAUGGGGGCCAGGGGGACGAGGCGCAGCCGCGAAGAGGUGCAGCCGCCACGCUUAUCCUCAACCAGAAUGGGGGCGAAGAGGUGCAGCCGCCACGCUUAUCCUCAACCAGAAUGGGGGCCAAGGGGAAGAGGCGCAGCGAAGAGGUGCAGCCGCCACGCUUAUCCUCACCCAGAAUGGGGGCCAGGGGGACGAGGCGCAGCCGCGAAGAGGUGCAGCCGCCACGCUUAUCCUCAACCAGAAUGGGGGCCAGGGGGAAGAGGCGCAGCCGCGAAGAGGUGCAGCCGCCACGCUUAUCCUCAACCAGAAUGGGGGCCAGGGGGAAGAGGCGCAGCCGCGAAGAGGUGCAGCCGCCACGCUUAUCCUCCACCAGAAUGGGGGCGAAGAGGUGCAGCCGCCACGACGAGGUGUGGAGCUCGAGCUGAAGAAGACGGAGGCAAGGGCGAGCCCGGGUGUGGAAGCUCAAGCCGAAGAAGACAGAGGCAAGGACGAGGUGCGCAUCCUCAACCCGAAGAGAGACGGAGACGGGGACGAGGAUCCAUCUGGAAUCGGAAGUAGACCAUGCAUCUUCUCGCAAGAUGGUAGAGGUGGACCUGCUCAGUCCAGCAGAAAGAGCUGCGCAUUGUGCAGUCUAGAAAACCUACAACUCGCUCUGGAUUCCCGCAUAGCAAAAGGCAAUUUGGUCAGACAGCUCAAGCAGUGGCGCCGAAACGGAUCGCCGACAUACGAAGCGGCGUUUGGAAUGGGGUCGCUGUGUGUGCUAUCUACCAGCGAACAGUAUGGCUUGCGCGCAAAGGCUGGACAGCCUCCGAAGUUCAAGCCAUCAUGGAGCUGGCUGCACAAGAAGUCACCCCGCCUGAAGCAUUUCUUGCUGGGUCGGCCAAUCCUGCGGGCGAACCCAUCCAUGAGCAGUAGCAGCCGCCAAUAUGUAAAAGCUGCAUCAAGCCCACGCAGUGGUAUCGGAAGCUGGCGUCUUCUCUCUGCUUAUGUGGGAUGCCGCAAAGCUGCACAGCGCAUUGCUGCUGCGACAAAGAAGGAUGCACGAGGUUCAUUUUGGCAAGGGAAGAAGGCAAUGCUGAGGGUCUACCGCCGAAGAUGGUGGCUAGCUCGGAGGAGACUGAAGCGAAGGUAUUCUGCGCUGAUGGUGAGGACGGAGAAGCCUUUUCUGAGCUACAAAGCCGCGAAGUGGGCAAUUGAGGAGAACAUUCUACAAGCUGGCUUUCGAGUUCAGAUUUCACGGCAGAACCACCCGCAGUGGAAAUUCUUGACUGAAACCGGCAGCCUCCUAUUCUUCCAAAGCUUGAAUGAAAGCUUGGGUCUCGCACAGAAACAAUUGGCGACUGCGACGUGCUCCGUCAACAAUGCACUGGGCAGACAAGCAUGUGACAUCACUCUGCAGGGAGCCCAAGACCUGUUGAAGGCACGUGGUUAUGAGCAUGAUUGGUGCACAUUUUUGAGACAGGGCGGCAGGAUACUGUCUCCUUUGGUCGUGGACUGCGCCCUGGAAAAGAGCGGCUUCAAGUUGCAGCAUUGUCAAAACCUGGAGGUCUGGCCAGCUGGAGCACAGAGUAUUCUACAGAUUCGCGGCGACCGGAACUCUUGCCAUGAGCGCUGGGUCGCUCUCAUAUCUUGUCAUAGCCGAAUCUAUUUGUUGGAUUGCUUCCAAGACGAGCCUGAGCCCACCGUCAAUUGUCAGCUAGGCGUGCAACCUUGCGACACAUACGCAGUAAUCCGGCUUUGA